AUGUCCCCGUCAGAUAAUGUCCAAAACGUGGAUAAGGUCGCGACGCUUCGAGCUUACUACAAGUUAUGCUCAAAGCCGGAACAUCGUUCUAUAGUUUUGAAGGUUUUCCGUUCAACUGUUCAAAGGAACUGAUCGAAGUUUCCAGGAUAAAGUAUUUGUUUCUUUGUUGAAUAGUUUGCUGAAUGACGACAAUCCAGAUGUCAUUAGAUACGUGGUCAAGGUUAGUUUCCUCCGAUUUUCUUUCACCGUCCCUUAACUUUUUCAAUUUUAUCAGAAAAGUUAGAUUUUCGAUUUAAACAUUGAACAUAUAUUUUUGGAUUUUUAAAUAAUUUUUUUAUAAAUUUCAUUGAAAAAAGUUUUGGAGUUUGAACAUUCCACACUCAGUAGUUUUUUGAGAUUCUCUUGCUCUUGACCCAAAGAUCGGAAGACGUUGAGCAACUUCUCUCUGAAUCUUCCAAACUUCUUCCGGCGGUAAGCGAAGCCUGUGAACGCAUCUCCUCGCCCAGCGUCAACUACAACCUCGUUCUCAUCUCGAGUCGUCUUCGUGUUAUAGAAGAUUCGAGGCACGUUCACUUGAAUUUUCAGUAGUAACUGGAACUCAAAAUCGAGGAAAAAAAAAAUCAUAUUUUGUAAGCUGAGUGUUUUUGUACUUUGCUAUCAUUCUAAACACGACUUUCAAUUAAAAAAAAGGACCGAACCUUUUUUUGAAAAGUUUUUGUUAAUACAGUUCGCUCGUAAAGGAUCAGAUCCAAGACUUUUUGUUCCAUUUUGUUCAAACUGGCUGUUUUUCACUAACAAGGGAGGUGAUAUCAUUGAUGUACCUAAUGAAGAUCCUGAAAGCCGCAAACUCCCAGUUUUUGAGAAAUGAGGGUUCAGAGCCCUGAAACAGCUCAUUUUAACAGAUUUUGAGGCGUCGUUACUCAAAAAAAUAAAAAUUCGUGUUUUGAGACUUUCAGAAUCUUCAUACAGUACUUUGCAAAGUGUUCUGACCAAUUUUCAAGAAACAAAGUAAAAUGACCUUCCUUGUAAGGCUCAAUUUUGACGUUGAACUUUCAAAUUUUAAGAAAGCAGUCAAAAAUCGAAGAUCCGCUAGUUGCCGCAGUCAAAGAAAUCGACAGAGGAGGCUCGCUGCACAGAAAGUUCGUUGGCCGAAAGUCCAAGCAGAUGGUUUUCGAGUUUGAUUGGAACGAGUUCGACGAGGUGAUAGUUUUUCAUUGACUGCAAAUUCAAGAGAGGUUAGGCCAAGAAACACGACGUCGAACGAGCUUUGCUCAACAAGAAAGGCGUAAUCAGCGUCUACUUCACCGAGACCAAACAUCCUCGCGCAGUUCUUAGAACUGUCCCUACUGUUGAAUCGCAGGUUCCUUUUUUUGAAAAUUUGAAGAUAUUUUGAUUUCAAUUGGAAACCUCACUGUUAGCGGAUAGAAACAUAGUUUUAUUUGAAUUUUUUGCCUUUUGCAACUUUUAUCUCAUCCUUGAUACUAUUUUUUUUUUUCUGUUAACUAUUUAUGGCGUGUUAAUCGGAAAAAAAAAAAAACGAAAAAUGCUUCGAAGCGCGAAAUAAUUGAUCCAAAACAUGAAUUAGUAUGUUUUGGAGCAACUUUGACGAUUUUUCGUUUUGAAAUAUGUUCCGUUUCUCCGAUGAACACGCGAUUAUAUUCAAGGAAAGAGUACGAAAUCUGACGUAAAAUAAAUUUUUUUAACUGUCUGAAGAGUUCCAGCGUUAGUUUUAGAUGGCUGAAAAAGUUUUUGAUGCGUUCUUUGAAGGUGAAAAAAGGAAAAAAAAAAUUCUAACGGCUCUUUUUUAUGGAUUAGGAGGAAUAAAUUAAGGAAAUAGCUGAUUUGCUGUUCAACUGCGGCUGUGAGUAUAUCGUGCAGUUGGUGAAGGUCGACGGCGUCGAGGAGCGGUUCGAGAUGUAUGCGAGCGAGCGGCUGGACAAGGUGGGUGCGCCUUUUUGGGAGGGAUGAGCGCAGUUUUGAGGCGGCCCCGCCACUCCCCGACUACCUCGACGAGGAGGCCUUCUGCGAUCCGACGUCCUGCGUCGUCACCAACGAAAUGGCCGCACAUAAUCACGUCAAUGGAGGCGGUUGGUUCAACUCCAUUUCCUCAUUUGUAAAAACAUCUCUCUGGUAGUUUUUUCUGUUUUUGAUUCACCAAUUUUUAUCAAUUGUAUGUGGGUUACUUGAAGUGGUUGAAAUUGCUAUUGAAGUGUCCUUCUGUUGAUUAAGCAGUUUUUCGAAUAUUGCCUAUAAAUAUCUUUUUCAUAUUCGGCUGCUACUCACUUUUUUUUUGUUGCCUAGGACUAGAAUAAUCUGGAUUUUGUUCAUGGAAAAUCGAUCCACCGGAAUCCUUUGUCGAUUAUUUUCAUCUCUUAUUCAUUUUUUCUCUGAUCUGCCUACCGCUGGUUUUUUUGGGUAUCUCGCUCUCAAUCAUGAACCGUGUAUCUCGAAUCAUCGCAGAGAUCUCCAAAUCGCAUCUCAUACUUUUUCGACAUAUUUUGUGCUUUUUCUUGUUCGAGUCUUCGCAAUGGAUUUUUUCAAUGCGUUUUGUAUAAAAUAAUUUGUUAAUUUCAAAAUAGUUUUUUUCCCGGCGUCAUCUCGCCUUCUUUACUUUUUUUUCCAAUGUAAAGUUUUGAUGUGAAAAAGAUUUUUAGGCGAUGUUUCUUCGGCCAGGAACCACUGAUUUCAUAACUUCCGUUUACAACACUGUCGGUUAGUUUUGGUUUUUUCGGCUUUCGGGGUCUCUAGAAUUUUUCAAAGACUAAAUCUUAUCCUGUCAUACUUUCGAAAUGACGUUUUCGAAAGUUUUUCUCGAUCCUUUUUUGAAGAAUCGCCGGCCAACAACUAUGACAAACCGGUUAGAGAAAUCCAUAUCUGUAGUUUUUUUUUUUGUUUCGUUUGUCCUCCAUAUGAUUGCGGCCGCUAUCACUUCGGAAUCGAUAGCGCUUCAGAAGCCGAUUACGAUGGGAUCGAAUCGAGGGCGUCGCGGAUCCGUGCCGCCAUGUUCCCCGACUGGAAUCCGCCGACGUCUUCUGCAACGGCGACCACCUCGCGGAGUUCCAUCGUCGAAAUGGUACCCUACUUUUUCUUUUCAAAAUCUCUAAAUAUGUGUCUUCUAUUACUAGUUUUUCAUUUAAUUGUGUUUCUCGAGUUUCGGUUGCGAUUUUUGAAAAAAAAAUUCGCGCUUAGCUUCAUAGGCAAAGUCGGAAGGGGUGUAAAAAGGCUCCAUAGAAAUUUUCCUUUUAGGUUGUCUUUUUUUUUUGCUGUCUUUUUGCGCCAUUUCAUCGGCUCUUUUGCACCAUUUUUGCCGAGUUGUUCAUUUAACAUCUUUAAAUAAGAAAAACGUAAGAAAAGAAAAUUUUCAUGUUGAUUUUUUUUUUCAUUUCCGAUGUUAUGACGACGACUCUACAGAAAGGUAUUCGAAAAAAUCGAAUGUAAAUCUCAACUUUUUUAAACGUUUGGUACUGUGGAUUCCUUCUUAAGAUCGAUUAGUAAUUUAUCUCAUCGAGGAACAGUUUCUAAAGCUUUCGUAACACAGUUAUAUGAGGUAGAAUUUGUCGCCGGCCAACUGGUUCCCUCGCACUUUUUUCCCCUCCGACAGCCGCCGUCAGAUCUUUCACCGUCUCAUUUUAUUUUAACAACCCUGAUGUGAAUUUCACGCCGAUUUCCACAGAGGUAUUCAGAUGCAAGCGCCGGCGCGCGAACUGAAAGACGCCGUCUUGACUCUGCUCACCUACGAAGGCUCCGCCGACAUGACCGGUCUCCCGCUUCCCGACCUCAUCGAGCUACUCGGAGACCAAGACGAGGUUUUUUUUGAAAUCAAAAUUGGUGUGUAUACUUCUUGUCAAAGUUGUUGACUUUUGAUAUCAGUCAUGUCAUUCAAAACUCUGUUCUAGUUAAUUUCAAUUUUUUGCCAUUACUGAACGAAUUCUUUCAGGCUGUUGUCUCCCGCGCUGUUCACCGCAUCUAUGUGCUGUCGCGUGAAGAUCCCUCGAUUGCGAACAACGCGCGGCUCAUCGAAGCUCUUCUGGCCGCUUCGAGGUUUCCUGAGUUUGACGCUAGAGUUGUAUCAUGUGAUAUUAGUUCAAGUGAUCUGCUUUUUAUAAAAAAAUCCCAUCUUUCUGAUUAAAAAGAAAAAAAGUCGAUUUGAAUUCAGGAUCACCUUUUUUUUGUUUUUCUUCUUCUCAUAAGCGUUCUGAUGCUUUGUGGGUUUUUGGCGUAGUCUCAGCGAAAAUAUCCGAAAAUCAACGUCCUCAGAUUCUUUUUUUUUUGGGGUUUUUUUUUUUCGAUAGUAUUUUACAGCGAAAAUAUAAAGAAAACCAUGAAGGAAAAUAAAGUUUAGUAUUAUCAUUUUUCUUGAACUAUUUUGUUUUCCUUCAAGAAGCAGCAACGUGAAUGUGCGACGCAAUGCUAUCGGAGCACUGUGGCACAUGUCGGAGAGCCGCGGCGGUCCAAUGCUAAUUUUCCGAAGCGGCGGACUCGCGGAAAUCAUCAGGAUGUUGCACGAUCCUCAUGAGGUUCCAGUCUCGCCCGAAUCACCCGCAACAGAUAUUGCAGAGCGUAGUUCAUUACGCCGUGACGACGUUGAGAAACCUUCUGAUGCACGUCGAGGCUUCGAAACCGCAGGCUCGAGCUCUGAAGGCCAUCGAGGCUCUCACUCCACACUUGCACAAGUGAUAAAGCAGCUCAUUCGAAAUAUUGUCUCCUAAUUGCAGAUCGAACCCGAAGCUUCUCGCUCAGGUUGCCGAUAGUCUCUAUUUUUUGCUCAUCGGUAAGUCUUAGCCCCUAAAUCUCAAGUGGACCCUGAAGGGGUCUUUCAACUUCAUUCAAAAAACGCUUUUAAUUCAGUUUUUCCCACGAAGAUGCCUUCGCUUAGAGUUUAUAACAAUUAUCGAACAGCAUUUCCCCUUUAGUGGCCACUAACUAAAUCCCCUAUAGGGACCACUCUAGAGUUCCUAAGCUGGUAGUAAUUCAAGCGAUAUCAUAGCCUCGUAAUAGUGGGGAUUUUCAAGGUUCAAAGCCUUGCUGUUUGAAUUUUUUUCUCGUUUUUCUAAGAACUCGGAGUAACUUUCUAGACCAAGGGGGUUGAUUUCAGACGACCUGCCGUCGAAAGACGCGUUCCUCUCGCUGAGCGGCCCUCAGAUCCUCGUGACGAUCCUCCGAGCCUACACGGAACACAGGAAGUUGAUGUACACGGUGAUCAGAUGCAUCCGAUCUCUUUCCGUCUGUCCCCGCAACAAGCCGGCGUUAAUCAGCCUUGGUUUGCCCUGCGCAAUGAUCAACAUCUCAUUUAUUAUGUUUGUAGGCUGUUUGCCGGCUCUGUACAACGAGUUAUGUCGUGCGACCGACGAAAGAACGCAAACUGCGGUCCUGGUAGCCAUGCGGAAUCUCUCCGAUGCGGCCACCAACGAGGAGAACUUGACGCCAUUGGUUGAUGGAUCUCCAACUGAAUUUAUUCGAUUUUCUUUUUCAGGUUGUCAAACUGCUCGAAAUCAUACGCGUUUCCAAUGACGCCAUGACCGCGUGCGCUUGUGGAAUUCUCAGCAACCUCACUUGCAACAACAUGAGAAACAAGCAAACUGUUCGCUCCCAAAGAAAUCCCCUCAUUCAAUGUCAGUCUUCAGGUUUGUUCUCACGGCGGAAUUGACGCUCUGGUGACCGCGAUUCGUCGUUUCCCCGACGUUGAAGACGCGACAGAACCGGCUCUAUGUGCUCUGCGGCACUGCACCGCCCGUCAUUCGCUGGCAGAAGAGGCGCAGAAUGAACUGCGACUUUGUCGCGCGUUCCCGAUUGUUUUGGACCAGUUGGCAACGCUACGGACGCCGGUCAUCAAGGCGGCGCUCGGCGUCAUUCGCAACUGUGCUCUGUUGCCCGCCAACUUGAUGGAACUCACUCAAGUACAUUCGAAUCAACACGAAAUUUCCACGGCCUUCGUUUCAGGAAGAGACUGAGCACGGCGAUUCCGUGGUCUCCUUGACCGUCGAUAUUCUGCGACGAGCCGUGACCGCCAUCGAAGAGAAUCCAAGCAUCGAAGUCGACGGCGUUCCUAUGUGGGGUGUCAUCGAAGGUAACUUAUGGAUUCCAAACUUCGAUCGCUGUGUUUUUCGAGUUAUGAUAAAUCGCCAUGAAGUUUUGUCGUUUUUUCACUUUUUCUGUCGAUAAAAAAGACUGCUCAAGUAGUCUUUCUGAGGGACACUAGAGUGGUCCCUAUUGGGGCAACAUUAGGAGCCCUCGGAGGGUCCCCUUUAGGGACCACUUUACUUAUCCUUAUAGGGGCCACUAAAGCUUCUCAUUAUCAAAUUUUAUGCGUCAAAUAACUUGAUGAAAACCUUCAUGCUCACAAUAAAACUGGAAAUUGAAAAAAUCUUGGUUUUGACCCUCACUUCUCUCUUCAAAUGACUUGUUAGCUCUUUUUCCUGUUUCCGAGGCCUUCAUCCAGUUAUUUCAAUAACUCUAGGCGCCGUUUCGGCUCUCCACCAACUGGCGAACCACCCAGCAGUCGCCUCUGUGCUUUGCGACGACCGAGGACAGCCCGGAAAUGCAGAGCAGCCGCCUUUCCUCGACCUUGUCGUUCACGUUCUUGCCCGUCCAGAUGUAAAUGAACCUUCAAACUUUUUCGCUAAACUAAAUUUAUCAAACAGGUCGUCUCAAACCAGGACGAGCUUCUUGAGAGGGAACUCCUCGGUCUGCUCUAUCAGUUGAGCAAGCGUCCGGACGGAGCACGGGCCGUCGAAGAAGCUGGUUCGACAUCUUCCAAAGACCUUUCAGUCUCUUCUUUUCAGGCGCAACAACACUUCUGAUGGAGUCCAGGGGCACUCAACACAAAGCUGUGGCCACCUAUGCAAAUGGUGUCCUCAAAAAUCUGGAGCACGACGGGGACUAUUCAAAUGCGUCGACAAGGGUUCGUUUCUGGGGUUUCGCCUUGAAGCCAAUGUUUUGUUAGGCGUAUGACUACGACAGUGGAAAUGACUGGCAACGCGAUGGAAUGGAACGCGAACUUUUCGCCGAGAUGUACCCGACGUCGGACGGCGGCCAUCGAGAAUCCAUCACCGCCGCCUUGUCUCACAACAACAACAAUUGGUUCGACACGGACCUUUGAAAUUUCUCAUGAUUUUUUGAUCUUUUUCAAUCCUGAAGCCGCUUUCAAGAUAGUUUACAGUCCAAAAAUUAGUUUGAGUUCAAAUUUCAAGCUGAUCAAACUCAUUUUUGUGCACCGUAAAUGCUCUUGCUCAAUGUCAAAACGAAACACGUCUCAAAUUUGAGUUGUGAAGGCAACAGAAUUUUUUCUGUCGUUCUGGGAAAAUUUUUAUUGAGGCUUCUAUAGAGGCUCGCCAAGGACUACUUGGAGAGGACUCUAAAGUGACCACUAUAGAGGUUGUCUAUUUAGUGGCCACUUCAGUAGUUUUUCAUCCAGUAACUCUGAUAUUUAAAAAAAAAACAGAUUGGACCAGUUAUGUUGAUCCAUUGACCCCUAAAGUGGCCACUAAAAUUUUUAGUGGUCUAGUAGUAGUACUUAGACCUCUAUAGUGGCCACUAAUUUUCAACCCCAUAAGUGGCCACUAAUUUGACUACUAUAGUGGCCACUAAAAACUUUCCCAGGCAGUUCACAAAUUUUUAAUAUUUUGAGGCUUGUUCCGAUUGGUCAUUGAAAACGCUAUAAAAUCAUUUUCAUUCACUUAAACAUUGCGAAUACUACUGCCUUUGGAUUCUAAUUACUCUAAUUUGUACAACUUUACGCUGAUGAACUUUGUUAGAACUUUGCACGUCAUUUGCACGAUCCUCCAUUUAUACACUAUGCACGGUUUAUUUUUUACUUAUGGUGGAGGUCUCAUCCUGCUAUUAUCCGAUUGGAUCCUUCGUAUGACAAUAAAUUUUCUCACGCCAUUUUGUACAUUUUUGUUCGAGUCGUGACUUUUUCGCGUAAUACAUGGUUGAAAGGUGUUGAAAUUGUGUGGAAAUUCCGAAAGCAGGGUCGAAAGGACCAUGAAUGUGGUGGUGGAAAGCGCCCAGGUCCUGUGUCCGACCACGGCCAGGACGGCGCGAGUGAUCGCCAUCGACGCGGCCACCGGAAAACUUGCUGUCAUCAGGAAAACGAGGUCGGUUUCCCGUGUCCAGAAUACUGAUCUUUCCUCUUUCAGAGUGCCGAAAUCUCAUGACUUUGUCGAGUUCUACAACGUUCUCACUGGCUGGAUCUCCGUUCUCGAAAGGGUCAGUUUUUUUUCCAAAACUUUCUUUUUGAUUCUGAAAGAUGAUGGUUUUUCUUUGUCGAAAAUGUGUAUAACUACUAGUUUUUGGAAUUUCCGGACGUUUUUUUAUUCUGAAAUUCUCUCUAAAAAGUAUAGAAGAAUUUUUUUCAUAGUUGCCACUAAUCGUAACUUUUGAAAAAUUAGAAAUUUUUAAAUUUUUUUAGUACUGAGUUGAGGACAAAAAAACUCGUUCCCGCAAAAAAAGAAUUUUAGAGUGGUCCCAAUAGGGGUUUAGGGUCAGACCCCUUAGCCCGUGAAUCUCAAGUGGUCCCUAUAGGCGUCUUCCGAUUUCAUUUUAAAAACGCUUAUUUAUUUAAUUUUUCGCAUGAGAAUGCUUCUUCGCAUUAAGUUCAUAAAAAUUAUCGAUUAGCAUGUUCCCUAUAGUGACCCCUUAUGCGAGCAUUAGUGUACCCUAUAGGGAUUUGUAAAGGGGUCUCUAGAGAGGACUGAUUCGAUUUCCCCUAUAGGAACCACUCUGGAGUACCCAAGUAGCAUCAACAAAGGAUUUUCAUCUAGGCUCUGUUUGCAGCGAUUUAACAGAAAACUCCAUUUCAUUUAUUUCGGAAAUUGCAGGUUGUAUGUCCAGAGAAUGGAUCUAUCGAACACGCAAUUUUUGUCGGUUCUGAGUUGAUGACGUCACAUGCAAAUGGUUCAGUUUGUAUGAUCGAUCCGCACUCGGCCGAGCGUCCACAGGUUCACAACAUAAUCAUCUUUAGUUUAAUUUUUUGAGAAGCAAUGAUUCAGCUCAAAAAAACAGUUACAGUACCGUCAGAAAAGAUUCGAAAAAACGGGGUUUCAGUCAAAACUUUCUUAUAUGGAUUUGAAACUUUCUGGAGUUGGAAUGACUUUUUUUUUAACUCAUUGAAGAAGUUUGAGUUCACAGAAAAAAACCCGAAGCUUCAGGAUCUUUCAAGAAGAUUGAAAUCUUCACGACAAAGUUAUGAGCAAAGUUUUUCGUAUCUUUUCUGAUCAAAAGUGUUUUGUUUGAUCCAUUUUCUGAACGAAUCUCUUGAAGAGAUGCCAAGUGGCGUCGUCGACCAUCUGGAGUUCCUGUAUCUACCGUCGGCCGACGACUUCAGAAGGCGAGUCUUCGCACUACAUCGUCGCUCUCGCGUCUCAUUCAUCGGCCGUCUUCUUCUUCGACGCCACUUCUCGCGUCAUUCUGUACUCUGUUCCCACCGGAGUCGAUUCUAGGCUCUUCUGUGUAGCCAGCUCUGGCGAUUUGGUACUUUCUGAAAUGGAAUAUCCAUUUUUGCGCAUUUUUCCUUCAGACGGCAGUUGGCGUCAUCGACGGUGUCGUUAUCAUUAGUGACCGAGCGAUUAAACAUACUUUGAAGUUAGAUCGGCAGGUGAGAAUGGAUGCCGCAGAUUUGUGACUAAUGCAUUUUCCAAGACACGGCGAGAUCCGACAAUCGCCUGGUCGGUCUUGUUCUGGAAGGAAAACUUGCUCGCUUGUGGAGACUCUUGUGGAAACGUCUCCCUAUGGAAUCCCCAGAAUGCAGCUCUUAUACAGGUAAUUGGGUGCUUUGAAACGGGAAAAUCUCAUUCAAGGAAGUCAGUCAAACCGUUGCAAUUUUGGGAACAUUUUUAGUGGCCGCUAUAGUAGUCAAAUUAGUGGCCACUUAAUAGGUUAAAAUUUAGUGGUCACUAUAGAGUUCUAAGAGCUAAAAAUUUUAGUGGCCACUUUAGGGGCCAAUGGAUCAACAUAACUGGUCCAAUCUGUUUUUUUUUAAUUAUCAGAGUUACUGGAUGAAAAACUACUGAAGUGGCCACUAAAUAGGGAACCUUUAUAGUGGCCACUAAAACGGAAUAUAUUGGCCACUGUAAAGGUGUGUUUAGUGGCCACUUUAGUGCCUUCUCCAAGUAGUCCUUGGCGAGCCUCUAUAGUGGCCAAUAGUUUGAACGUCUCAUCCUGCUUGAAAAAAAAAAGAUGAAAGAUGGCCUUAGUCUUCCCAAGCUUUUAUGAGUCCGAAAGAAGAAAAAAUCAGACAAUUUCAGAUAAUAUCUUGUUUGCAAAGCCACGUUCUUUCGAUGUGCAUAAACGACGGCCUUCUUAACGUUGCGGGUGUCGAUCCCAGGAUUACUGUAGUCAGCCAAACGGUGGGAAUUGAGUGCGUCUCAGCAACGGCUCCUUUUUCAGGCGCCAGGCGAGUUUCGUGUCGUGAAACGGCGCACGGGACCUGUACGUGAUGUUCGCUGUCUGGCCAGUUAUAAUGACAGGGUCAGAAACUUUUCAUUUUCAAACCGCAAUGUUUAUGUAAAGGUCUACGCAUCGGGUGAAGAUUUUGAUGUUUUCGUAGGAAAAGACGGCUGUCGCCCUUUGGCCAAGCAGUUGCAGGUGAUCAAUUUAGCUUAUGAGGCUUUUGAACAUCUCCGCUCUCAGAGAAACGUUAGGAUGGUCGGUGAAAUCACAGCGUCGGCUGGCGAUUCGUGGAUCGACCUCUAUUACGACCAGAACGGAGAAGAAGACGGUCAGAACGGAUCCAUCGUUCUCAAGUACAAACAAAUACACUUCGCUCGCAUCUUCUCGCCUGAAAAGAGUGUCAUCCAAGCUUGGUUUGUUCUGCUGACACAUCGAAUACCGGUCGUGACUUAUCAGGGCGGUCUCGAAGGACGGAAAGUUCCUAGCCAUUUCCACGUCUCAUGAAACCACUGCUUACGCGGUCGACGUCAGUUCCAAGAAGAUUCAAAAGUUGAAAUGGACAGCGCCGCCUUCCACAGCCAUUCAUGUCUGCUUUCCUCAUGGGCUGUUGUGAAUUUUCCAGAAUUUUAGAUAUCGCAAAACUCGUGUUUUUUGUCCACAGGAGACUUCCAAAUCCUGAGAUUCUCUCUUCAAGACGACGACGCGUCUAGAGUUUUUCUCGAGCAAAGUCUGUUUCUAAUCGCCGGUUUCAAAUUAAAGUUUUUACUGUAGCUGGAUGCGGCAUCGCGACCCAGCUCAGCGUAUCAGAGUGUGAAAAGCACGCCAUAGUCAUGACUUCACGAGCUCAAGUUUUUGUGGUGAACCUAGAGAAAGGUGGGUUUUUUUUGGGUAUCUUUCAAAAGAGCUGGGAAAAUCAAGGCGUUUCACUUUUUGAGAUGAAAGAGCCAGCGAAAAAUCAGCUGAGAGAAACGAGCGGCGAAAAAAACAUUAUUUUUCUUCAGCUCACUUUUUUUUUUACAAGGGAAUAGUCUCCGAUCUCACUGGGACCUCUGAAUGAGACCAAGUUUACUAGAUGUAGCAUUUCACACUGAUUCCAAAUCUGGUCUCAAAAACUGACGGAGAGAUUUGUGAAAAAAGUUACGGACCCUCAAAAGUCGAAAAUUUCAGUGUCACCGCGCUCGCUUUCCCUAAUGUUUGGUUGAGCUUUGAAAAAUCAUAUCUAGGCUUAAAAGUUUCUUGGAAAGAAUUAAUUUUUUUCAUGUUAUCAAAAAGACAAGAUCUAUAUAUGCUCCAAAAAAGAGCUCAAUCGGAGGCGCUGAAAUUUUCGACUUUUGAGAACGAAUAACUUUUUUCACAGAUCUCGGCACUUUUUGAGACCAGAUUUGGAAUCAGUGUGAAAUAGAACAUCUUGUAAACUUGGUCUCAUUCAGGAGUGUCACUUCGGAAUCAUGGUUAGCUCGAUUUUCACAGGUCUUUUGACAUAUACCCCUUUUUUUCCUGAUUGGUUGGUUCACCUACAACUUUGGACUUUUGCAGCAGAAUCACGGGUUGUUCGUGUCGACCUGCCCAUCGACGUGCUCUGCAACUCUUCAUCGGCAUUUGUUCUCUCGACCCAAGAAGCCAUUGUUGACAAUUGUGAGGAUAAAAAGGUCUUCCACGAGGUGAGUCCUGUAACCCCAAGAUUUUCAAAGUCUCGACAUUUUUUCAGGUAUCACUAGCCAACGGCUCAGUCCUGCACAGUGCCUCUGCAAAGGCUUUGCACUUGAACUCGUUCAGCAAAACGACGCCGUCUCUACCGAUCGCCAUUUUGCCCAUCGAUGACCAUCGAUUCGUUCUGUCCACGGCAAAUGCUUCAUAUUCGAUUAUAGAUACGGUACCAAGCAAAAACGAAACAAUUUUCAAGGAAAUUUUCAGCAAAAAAAGUCUUGUUUCAACGAAAAAGGCGGAGCUAUCGAAGACUACGAGAAGGAGGCUCCUGCCUACAUGGUGGCUGUCCGCCAACUUCCUGCCUCUUCUUCGCAAAUUCCUUCCAACCAGUCCCUCACCAAUGGCGGCGUUCCGUCGACUCCCAACCGACCCAGAACACGGCGCAUUUCGACGAUGGAAGACAAAAACGCCAAUGAGCAUCCAGGUUUCCGUGUCGUUCUGCUCGAGGUGCGGCCAGACGAGCAGCCAAAAGUUGACGCUUUCAAGCUCCGACGGUUCGGAAUGCAAUAG